AUGCCGUCGUCGGUCAACGAUGACGAGCACGAGGAGCGAGGCGAGAUCAUCGAGUUGAGCGAGGAGUACACUCCCGAGGAAGAGAAGGCAGUGCUCCGCAAGAUUGACAUGGUUAUUUUGCCGUUUAUGUGCUUCACCUUCUUCCUCCAGUAUCUCGACAAGCAAAGUCUCAGCUAUGCGGCCGUCUUUGGUCUAAUUACCGACCUCAACAUGACGAGCUCGCAGUACUCGUGGUGCAGCUCCAUCUUCUACGUCGGCCAGCUGGUCUCGGAAUAUCCCUUCAUCUACCUGAUGAGUCGACUCCAGCUGACCAAGUUUGUCGGCGCAACUGUCAUCAUCUGGGGAAUCAUCUGCAUGUGUCUGGCCGCACCCCAGAACUACGCCGGCUUCGCAACCGUGCGCUUCCUACUCGGCUUCAGCGAGGGCGCCGUGUCGCCGGCCUUUGUCACCAUCACGUCCAUCUGGUACCGCAAGGAGGAGCACACGCUGCGGACAGCGCUGUGGGUCACCAUGAACGGCGUCGCGCAGGUUGUCGGGUGCCUGCUCAUGUACGGCAUCGGCAAGAACACGUCGCUGAGCCUCGCUCCCUGGCGCACGCUGUUCCUUGUGUGCGGCGCGCUGACAACGGCCGCCGGCGUCGCCUUUUUCGUGCUCAUGCCGACGGGCCCCAAGGACGCCUGGUUCCUGACACCACGCGAGAAGGAGGUGCUAUCCAUGCGGAUGGCCAAGGACCGCGAGGGUGGCGACAAAACGAGCUUCUCGCUCGAGCAAUUGCGGGAGACGAUGCUCGAUCCCAAGGCAUGGGCUGUGUUCUGGUUCGGCGUGCUGGUAACGAUGCAGUCGCCCGUGCUCACCUUUGCGUCGCUCGUCAUCAAGUCCAUCGGAUAUAGUCAGCUGGAUACGAUGCUGUACACGGCGCCGUCCGGUGCGGUUCAGAUCUUCCUGCUCUGGAUCGGCGUUGCCCUCUGCCAAUUCUUCCCCAAGCAGCGAACGCUGGUUGUCCUCGUUAUGAUCAUCCCGCCGCUCAUUGGCAAUGUGUUCUUGAUGAAGCUUGACGUGACCGCCGGAUGGGGUCUAGUUGUUGCUUCCUGGUUGGCCUCUUGCAUCACAGCAACCCUUUCGAUCCUGCUGUCUCUCUCCGCAUCGAACGUCAAGGGAAACACGAAGCGCUCCAUCACCAACGGCAUGUUCUUCAUCGGCUACUGCGCCGGCUGCAUCGGUGCUCCUCAGCUUUGGACCAACAGCCCGCGGUACCGGGAGGGUGUCAUCACAGCCAUCGUGACUUGGUGCCUGCUGUUCGUGACUGUCCUCAUCUACCGCGCCAUGUGUAUGCGGGACAACAAGCAGCGCGACGAGCAGGCGAUCGCCGGGCCCGGAAGCGUGCAGAUGGAGGUUGUGCUGGACAAGCACGGAGCGCCCAAGUCGGACUUGACGGAUAAGGAGGAUCGGGAGUUCCGAUACAGCUGGUGA